AUGUUGCGAUCAUCGCUGCGCUCGGCCAGGGUGCUCAAUGGCAAGCCUGGUGUGGCUGCCGCUGGGCGCCAAUGGUCACUUGCAGCCACGCGACAGGGUUCGCUUCUAACCAAGCGAGGCUACGCAGAUCAGAAGAAGUCCGCGGACUCGUCUGCGCAACCCAUCAUCCCUCCUACCGAAACGAAGAGCUCCGAACGCGCCACGCACACGACCUUGGAUGGUGUUGGCGAGUCAAAAGCUGCUCCUGCAAGCAAUGAGAUUCCGUUGACUCCCCCGAACCCCACGACCGGCAAGGAAAAGAGACCUACGCCUCCUGCAUCCAUUGACGAUGUCGGUGAAUCCCGGGCUAUGAACGACUCGAUGCCUCCAACGACGCCUAUCCAGUCGAAGAAGCCCGAACCCAACGCGACGAUUGACGACGUCGGCGAGUCCUAUGUUCAGCAAAGUCAGGUGCCCCCUCCACCUCCCUCGCCGCCCAAGAAGAAAGGGCUCAUCCGGAGGUUGAGGAACUUUGUCUUCACUCUGAUGGUGCUCGGUGCCGUGGGUUUCAGUGGCGGUGUUUGGUACUCUCGUGUCAACGACACCUUCCAUGACUUCUUCAUCGAGUAUGUUCCCUUUGGUGAGCAGGCUGUGCUCUAUCUCGAGGAAGCCGAUUUCAAGAAGCGCUUCCCCCAUAGCCAGCCUUCCAGGCCCCGCGAGACCGGCGAGCACGUACGGAUCCCUGCCCAGAGCGGCGCCUCAUGGAGAGUCGCUGAUACUGCUGAACCCUCCGCACGCCAAUCGAGCGCCUCGCCUUCAGGCCAGAAGCCUGCACCCAACCCCCCUGCGGAAGCGGCUGCGAAGACCGAGCAGCCUGGAGCCACUGCUGCCAAAAGGGCCGAAAAUGCUGUGCCUACAAUCGACCAAAAGUCCAAGACUGAUCAGUCCGAUGUGGCUCCACCGGCUUCCAAGUCGACUCCUGAAGCGAACCCAGCCGGCUUCAAGGCUCCUGAGGUGAACGAGCCUUCCAAGAUGCCCCCUCUGGAGCCCAUCGAUCUUCUCAAGCUGGCGGAUGCCCGUGAACCUGUUGUUCAGGACCUUGUACACAUGCUCAACGACUUGAUUCUCGUCAUCAAUGCCGAUGGCGCCCACGGAAAAUACGGCAGCACCAUUGAGAAGGCCAAGAACGAUGUCCAGAAGAUUGGCGGCAAGCUCCGGCAGAUGAAGGCCAAGGUGGAGCAAGACUCCGCCAAGGAGGUGCGCGACAAGGUCAGCGAGUUUGACAAGGCUGCUACUGAGCUUGUGUCGCGCGUCGAGCAGGCCAUGAUCAGCCAGGAGAUGGAAUGGCGCAAUGAGUUCGAGCAAGAGAUGAAGGGUGUUCGCCAGAGCUACGAGGACCGCGUCCAGCUCCUCCUGGAGCGUGAGCGCAAGGUCAACGAGGAGAAGCUGCAGAACCAGCUCCUUCAGCAGGCCGUGGCUUUGAAGAAGGAGUUUGUCGAUGAGGUCAAGGACCGUGUUGAGAAGGAGCGCGAUGGCCGUCUGGGCAAGCUUACUGAGCUGUCCCAGGCUGUCUCUGAUCUGGAGAAGUUGAGCUUGGGAUGGAACGAUGUUGUCGACACGAACCUCAAGACACAGCAGCUUCACGUUGCUGUGGAAGCUGUCCGCGCCAAGCUGGACAAUGCUUCGCACCCUUCGCCCUUUAUCAAGGAACUCGUCGCUCUGAAGGAGAUUGCCAACGACAACCCUGCUGUCAAUGCCGCCAUUGCCUCUGUCAACCCCGUUUCCUACCAGCGCGGCGUGUUCACCACCUCGCAGCUGAUUGAUCGUUUCCGGCGCGUCGCUAGCGAGGUUCGCAAGGCUUCGCUGCUCCCGAGUGAUGCAGGCGUCGCAAGCCACGCCUCGAGCUGGGUCCUCAGCCACGUCAUGUUCAAGAAGGAGGGUCUGGCUGAGGGGAACGACGUGGAGAGUAUCCUCACCCGCACACAGACAUUCCUUGAGGAGGGUGAUCUGGACAGCGCGGCGCGUGAGAUGAACGGUCUGGACGGAUGGGCCAAGACCUUGAGUAAGGACUGGAUGGGAGAGGUGCGCAAGGUCCUAGAGGUCCAACAAGCACUUGAGGUUGUUGCCACCGAGGCUCGGCUGCAGAGCUUGAGGGUAGAAUAG